AUGCGCACCCGUAGCGGCAAGGGCAAACUCUCCGAAUCCGCCACGCCUGCUCCCCAGAGCCACGACACCAGCCUCGACGCCUCGUCGUCGGGCUCGCCAAAGACCUCGCGCAAGCUGACCCGUUCAUCGUCCAACAACUCAAUGCAUUCCCAAAUCUUCGUCGCCGCCAAGGACCACGGCCCCGGCGCCUAUUAUGCUAGGCCCGUCCUGACCAUUUCCGGCCUGCCCGAGCACUUCCUCGCCCGCCUGGAGCGUGAGGACGAGCUGCGCCAGCGCUCCUCACGGCCCAAGUCUCUUUACGAGCAGUUCCAGGAAAUCGAGCGCGAGAGCUCCAGCCAGAACGAAGACCCGUCCCAAAAUGGCAACGACCACGAGCGCCCGAAGCGAGGCAAUCGCGGCCGCCCAGCCAAGAUCCAAAAACACCAGCCUUCGCCCCGGCGGCGCCGCGCUCGUCCACGCAAGUCGCUCGCUGACGUCGACGAGGAAGACUUCAUGUCGCGCCCGCAGACGCCCAGUGUGGCCGAUGCUGACGAAGACGCCAACCCGGAUGCCGCCGAUCCGCCGUCCGACGACGACCUGAGCGAAGCAGCUGAUCAAGACCAAGCCGACGACUCGCACUCGCCAGAGGAGCCCGACGCAAGUCCCUCGCAGCAACUCAUCAAUGAGACUGCCGGCGCUUACAGGUCCACUGCUACCUCGGCCCGGAGCCAACCCUCACCUCCUCGCGAGCCCCGGCCCCGCCCGACCUACCUGGAUGAGGAAUUGGAAGACGGAGACCUUCCGCCACCCUUCUCCAACACCCCCGGCACCCCUUCCGAGUCGGAAGUUGAUGAUGAUGCCAACCGUAUCCUCAGGAAGCGCUUCGACUACAUGACCGAUCCCGGCAAGUUUAUCGCUGCUCUUACUAAGCAUCUGCCCUCUGAAAGAACGUCCGAUAUACUGUACGCGCUUGCUGAAAACACCCAAGCCGCCCUGGAAGCAUGGCAGGACGAGUACCUCGCCAUCGACAAACGGGUUGCGGCACACGCGAACAAUGGUCCCAGGAAACCGGUAAACGGUGGCCGUGUGCCCGUUGACCCCGUCGUCUUUGAGGAUCAAAAGGAAGCCGACAUCUACAGCUACGUUUAUGAUUCACGCAAACCUCCGGGAACCCAGGAUCCCUUCAGUCAGCGCAUUGGCACCGACUACGUCGGCGGUCGCGAGCUGCGGCAUAGGCGUGCCCGAGAUGUCACUACCGAGGACCUAGCUCAAAGCGAGGAGGAAGUUGGGAAGAGGAAGAGGCGGGCAGCCCAACGAUUCGAUGGAACGGCGGACUCUGGUUCGCGCACCCGCAAACGUGAGCAUGCCGGAUCCGAAACCCCGGAACCGCCCGUUUCUCGGAAGAGAGGUAAGGUUGGCAGCGCAACCAAGAGGCAAUCCGUCGUGCCAGCCCGUAUUCGCGAAAUGAGAGGCGAGAGCGCCAUGACUACCAGUGCUUCUGAAGACGACGAUACCUACGAAGGAACACCGGAACCGCGCGGGCCUGGUAAGCGACGUGGAAGACCGCCGGGGAGCAAAAAUCUCGCUCAACGUAAGGAUGCCGGUAUCAAGAAAGGGCCACGAGGGAAGAAGGGUGCUGCUGCGGCCCAAGCCGCUGUAAAUGCUGCAAACAACGAGCAGAACAGCACACAGACAACCUUCCCCAGUGCUCCCAGCGCCGUCACCGCCGCGCCGCCGCAACAACCCCAGCAACAGCAGCCCUUCUUCGUCCAGGGCUACAAUCAUGCCCCGCACUCAAACAUUCCUCCCGUCUCAGCUGCGCCAGUGCCAGGCAUCAAUGCCGAUCCUACCUUUAUAUCCGCCCAUCCCCAACAAACAGCUCAGAAUCCGUACGGUGCAGGAGUGGCCAGUCAAUCUUCGAUCGCUCCUGGUACUCCUGCCCAAGCAAAUGGUCACGCACAGCAUGUUGCGGCGCCAACUUCAACGCCUGCCUCGACCACGCAAGCAGCACAAACGCCCACGAGUGCUGGUAGUAGCACCACCACUGCCUCUGGUCGCAAGAAAGGCGUGAAAUCAGAGAAACGUAGUGCCAGUAUGACGCAGUGGUGGGCAGAACGCAAGGCUCGCCAAGCAGCAGACCGUCUCGCUGAUCAACAGCGUCAGCACCAAGCUGAGGUGCAGAAUGCCGCAGCUGCCCAAAAUCCGCAAGGUUAUGGCUUACCGGUGAAUGGAUACAAAGGCCCGUAUCCGCCGACCCAGCCGGCUUUCCAGAGCUACGCUACGACUCAACCGGCGGCGCAACAAAGCAGCUUUAGAGCCAUCGCCCCGGGCCCUCACCAGGGCCAAGGCGCGCAAGCACAAGCACAGACCCACCACCAUCAUCACAUUCCGCAGACGACUCAUCACCACCACACGCCUCCCGCCAUCAGUCACCCGUCAACACAAGCGACACAGCCAGCGAAGCAGGCGGUUCAUCACGGACCGUUUGGUUAUGAUGGUGCGGGCAGUCCGCCACCACCUAUUCACGGCAAUAUGCAGCAAGGGCAGCCGCAGCAGGGUGUUCCAGACAGCCUCCGUCGCGACAUUCUAGGAUUGAGGGGCAAACCCGAGCCGAGGCGCGGUUUAUGA